AUGUAUUUCCCUCGCGGAAAUUGUCACGGAGAGCUGCAUCUGUCGCACAGCGUGUCUCUGCUUCUUUCGUUGCUCGCGGCGCGCGCUCGCAAAAUCGUUCGAGGCCAAGCGGCGCAUGCACCGGUCCGCCCGAGGCAAGAGUGUGUCACAGACUAUCGCUUUCCUUCUCGUUUUUUUCUUCCUUGUCUCAAGAGACGUCCUUUCUUCCUGAAGCGCAGUCGUCAGCCCCGUUUCCCCCUUCUAUCCACUCGAGCAACUGACGAGAGAAAACUCAGCCAGAAGGCAGCCUCCGCGCCGUGGGCUCUGAGAAACAUCAGAAAGUCUGUUGGUUUAACCUGCAGGGGAGCGCCAGCAGAACACCCGGAGAAGGGAGUGAACAAGAAAGAGAGAAGGCGGCGUAGCCUUCACUUGGGUGGGGAGCGGGAGGCCGAGACCACAGGUGGAGACAGCGGAACCGUCCCUGUUGAGACACAUCGAGAAGGAACUGGGGUAUAUAGGUAUACAUGUUCAUACAAUCGAAAACAGCCGUUUCACGGAUUCACACGAAUAUGGGAGUGCGUUCUCGUGCUUGAGGAGGCUCUUCACACAGAGGCGCCUCGUCUGCUCGGGUGUCUCCACAGAAAGCGAGAGCAGGAUUUGACAUUAUCCAAGGUGGAGAGACUGCCGACUUCCUGUGGCACAGGAAGCAUCUGUCUCUACAGAGAGAGACACGAAUUCACACGGUUCAGGAAACUUUGUUUUCGCCCGAUUGAAUUCCUAGCGCCUUUCCCUGGUGCCACUUUAUCUGCGGUGUAUGUACACCUGAGCUUGCUAACAAGACUGGCACAUUCACAUGCAUUCACACUUUCAGACUUCUCUCCGUCUGCGGCUGUCUCCCCUCCGUUUCGCCUCAUGUCUGCCGCACCUGCCUGCAGUGGAGACGCGCGCUUGUGGCUUCCCGCUGUCCCGCCAGCUCCCUCUUUUCUCCUGUCUCCUUCCGGGCCUCGAUGCCCCCGCGGCUCGGCGUCUCUCCCGCCUCCCUCCGAUGUCGUCACUUUCCGGAUUCCCUCCAUAGGCCCUCCGCCCGCGCUCCACACGAAGCCGCCCUCUCUGCAGGUCUUUGAAACGCACUUUCUCUCUGCGCUCCAGUUCCUCUUCCUCUGCGAGCGCGUCCUUCCCCCACCCUCUCAAGAUGGUUUUCCUCCUGCCGUCUUCUCCGGCUCUGUGCCUCGACAGGUCGCCUCCACCUUCUUCUCUUCUCUCGCCCCUGUCACCGACCGGUCUGUCCCCGCUGUCUCCCCCUUGAGUCCGGCGGUGUGCCUGGACCCCUUCUCUGUGGCGACUUGGGAGAAGCAUUUGCCGGCUCUUCGCGCGCAUGCAGAGACUUCUCUCUCUGCACGUUGUAGCCUGGUUCUGGCUGCCGCGUUUGCGACGCUGACAUGCGAAAGGCCCCGCGAAAUUUCGAGCUUCGUUUCCAUCAUAUGUAGCCUGCUCGACCCCGAGAGCGACUCUGGGCGGGGCAUCGUCCUCAAACAAGAAGCUCGGCGGUGGCUCUCCGCUGUCGGCGUGGAGACGCAGACAGCUGGUGUCUCUUCGCCUCUCUCUCGGGUGCAGAGGUCAACAUCCACCGACCCGUUUGUCUCAUUUUUUGCUGGAUUCCUCUCUUCCGCUCUGACUACCCUCCUCAGGACGGCGCCGGGAGUGUUGCCGUUCUACAGAAGCCGAAUCACAACGCACCACUUGCCACUGCUGCUCUCCCUAGAUCGAGGCGGGCACUGGGUCUCCCUCCUUCUCACCCUUCUUCGCUAUGUCUACACGCUGCUGCUCCAUCCGCCGACUGCGGUGGAGGCCAGCGCCGCGGCGGCCCGGGAAGCCGCGUCCGCCUCUGGGGCGCGGCCCGAAGAGUCCCAGCCAGCUGAGGGCCAGUCUUCUGGCGGCCUGGGCUCCAACGCAGGCGCAGAGAGCAGAGACAUCUCGCCGACGACACACGCUCUCACGGUUCUGCGCUUUCUGCGGCAACAGCUCGACGCAGUGUGUGGACAGCCAGCUCUCGCCGCUCUCUCCUUCUUCCUCUGCUCGCGACUUCUCGCCUCUGCGACCGCCGGCGGCAGUCUCCAGCUAGUUGGGCGCGAAGCCGAGGCGGUUGUUUGCGGGGUGUGGGGUCGGCGAGAGGGCCGCGCUGCGGUGUGUCUCCUCGGCGGCCGCGAGGUCGUUCGCGUCAUGGGCGAACUCGCAAGGCUCGCGGCGAUCCGCCGAAGCGUCUGGCCGUCUUUGCUGCAUGCGCCUGACGAGCACCUGUUGCCCCUCCUCAUGUCUCGUCUGGGGAGGAGACCCCUCGGAGACACUGGAGGCCGAGGGAAUGCUGGCGCAGCCUGGCGAGAGAAGAGAGCGAGGGAGGCACUCCUGGCGGGUUGGGGGCCUCAAGGAGCUCAACGAAGCUCUUCGAUGGAGACGGCUCCGUACGAGGAUGGCGAGAAGCGCGACUGGGAAGAAGGGCCAGCUGCGAGCAGAGAAAGAUGGGGCGGCGUUUGGGAGGCAGCGCCUUCUUCGUCUGAAAAGAGGAGGCAGUCUCCUUGCAGAAACUGUGGCUCCCUUUGUUGGAGACAGGCACUCGGCGUUCUUCCAAGAAACGCGCGAAACCGAUUUGGGUUCAGUCCGUUCUCUGUCGCACGCAGUGACUCAUCUGCCGUACAUCUCUCUGCCCCAGAGACAGCUCGGCGGCUUCGCCCCGGCGAGGCGCAUGUCUCGCUCUCGCGCAGCAGGGGGAACAGUGUGGAUCGCACUGCGGACUUGGGUGCUGUCUCCGGCACUGUUUCCUCGGAGCGAAAGCGGCCGCAAGAGUCUUCUCUGCCGAGGGGAGAAGGGGUGACGGAUCCUCGGCUAGCUGCGAAGCGUGUACGCGGAGAGGCGCUUGGGUCGGCUGCAUGCACAGCAGAGCGUGGAGGGGAGACGCCCGAGGGAGAGAAGGAGAGCAGCACCGAGCAGGCGCGACAGGGCGAGGUGUCGCCUCCGCCGUUUUCGGGGGUUCCGCGAGGAGGCGAGCACACUCCUUCCGACAGAACCGACUCGAAACUCGACCGCGAGUCUUUCCGCGCAGAGCGGGCCCCGCAUUCAGGUCUCUGUGAAGCUUGUUGCCGCUGUCUAAGGAAGACAAGAAGUGAAAUGCGCCAGACACACGAGAGCGACGCCGACGGUCCCCGGCUUCGGCCAACAAAUCCUGUGUUUCUGCCUUGGCUGUUGGGAGAGCCAGAGGCCGUUCACGGCUCGCCUGAGCCUUCUUCGCAUGCGCUCGCGGUUGCCGAGACGGCACAGAACGACGCUACGACGUCCAUGCACCCGCGAGCCUCGCUGCUUGCGUGGCUUCUGUGUCUCCCGCCUUCGUUCGUCCUCAUCUCUCUCCUUCUUCCCCCCGGCCUCGUGCGAGACUUGCUCUUUCUUCUCUCGCAAAUGCAGCUCCUCGCGCCUGCGCCGGACGAAGUCGCUUCGGAGCUGGAACUCGUGGGUGCUCCCGCCUCAAGAGCAGUCAAAAAGCAUGUUGCUCGGCGCUUUCUGGCCCAGGCCGCCGGCGCGAGUCAGCAGUUCUUCUUCGAGGCCUUCCAACACCACUGGCUUCUCCCGCCGAGCGUCGCCAAACCACUCGCCGCGGCGGCAGCCUCGGGCGCGAGCGGGCCUCUCCCUCAGGCCUUCGCCAUGCUCGCGCCGUUCGUGGGCGACCUUGCGAGAUUCGUCGUCCUCCUCACCCCGCGCUUCGCCUCCGUCGCGACAAUUCCAGAGCCAACGCGACUUGGAGCGCCAGGGCCCGGUCUCGGUGUCUCCGGUCGCGGGUGGAAGCCUGUGGGAGAAACCGAGGCAGGACAGAGAGGCGAAGAAGGGAUGCUGGAGAAGGGCGCUGCUCCACGCGGGCUCCAACUGUGUCACUUCCGUUUGUCGUCUCCGUCUGUGGUGUUUGCUCGCUGGCUCUUGAGUUCAGUUUACAUAAAUAUUCCUUUCCCCUUCUCCGUCGUAGCUGCAGCGCAUGCGCGCCUCGCCUUCUGUCUCGACUGGCUAUGUUUCUUGCCUCCUCACCUCCUCCCGUCGUCUUCUCGCUCGGCCGCUGUCUCUCCAGGGGCGCCUGCGUUUCACUCUCUUCAGGAGCCUCAACAAACUCUCUUGGGGAACCGCGUUUCCCCUGCAGAGCAUGCGUUCGACUUCGCUGUCUGGCGCACUCCUGCCGCCUGCCUACAGGCGGCCGAGAGGACAGAGAAUCUCCUUCGAAUCGCGGUGGAGCACUCGAGAGGAACUUCAGCAAGGGCGAGGGCGGCUGCGAGCGCCGCGGCCUCUGCCACCGCCAUCGCCCAACAGGAAUACCGUCUGCUGUCGGCUGAGCUGCGCUCGCGAACGGUGAACGGCGCGACAGACUCGUGGGCAGGGCCUGGAGCCCCAGCGACGCAAGGCCCUUCGGGUCUCUUCUGUGAAGACACGGGCCGCCGCGAGCGUCUCGCCGCCGCCCGCGAGGCCGCCAAGGAGACAGUUCGCCGCGCCACCGCCGCCGGCUUGCCCACAGUCUGGGCCUCGGGGACUUUCCCCACACACUUUUUGCAGGAGGCGGUUGUUCUUCCGCUGCUCCAGUUCCUUCUCCCCUGCAGGCGGCAGAGUGCCGUGGGCCGGGCUUGCACGCAAGGCGGCGGGAGGCGAAGGAAGAAGGGGGCAGCACGAGGGGCGAGCGAGGUGUCUCCUCAGGCAGGCGCUCCGGGUUUAGCGUACGGGCUCGAGGGGGACAUGAGUCAGAGCACUGGACACUCGGACAGAAUGCAGGGCCAGGGUGCUGCCUGUGGUCAGGCUGCAAGAGGUGAUCAGGGCAUGAGCGGAGAGGCGGAGAAACGCAUGGCAAGAGAGGAUUCAAGGACUGCUUCGUUUUCCUCGUUAGAAGAACAUGCUGCGGCUGUUUAUGGACUCCCGGGGAAUCUGUCGCGGGACGCUGGAUCUGCUCGUCUCGCUCGGCUCCUGCCUUUUGGCUUCCUAGCCUUUCAGCUGGCGACAGAUGCCGCCGUUCUCCCGCGAGAUGCCGCGAGUCUUCUCGAUUUCUUCGGCUGUCUCCUCGCCUCCUACUCGCCCUCGUCCCUCCCCCUCUUUCUGCCCUCCCUGGCGACCGCCCUCGCGGCCUUUGGGCUCCUGCAACUAUUUCUCCUUCCUGCCUCGCCUCUCGCUGCCUCUCUCGGCAAAGGGCGCCCCCAAUCUGCUGCCCUCACAGCUGCGAUUCAAAGCCACACUCUUCCGGGCCUCCUUCUCCGACAAGCGGGCUUCCCCGUUCGCCUCGCCUAUCGAAGCGUCCCCCCUCGAGGCGACAGUUCUGCUCCUGCCUUCGGGCGCGUGUCUGGAGCGCACACUCUCUCUGGAGGCACAGGCGGACCCGCGAGUCUGGGCGCAGGCCUCGCGCCCGACAGGUUGGUGUCGGCGCCGCAGGAGUCUCCUAGUCCCUCCGAUGAGGAGGCAAACAGCCGCGAGUCGUCACAAGGACGGCCAGAAGGCUUGCGCGUAACUCGAGUUUUCACGGACAAUCCAGGCCCACCGGCGGGUCGGACGCGGGAUCUCUCGGCCUCCGAGGGCGUCUGGAGACCGGUUCUGUACCUAGGAGGCAGUGGAGCUCAGAGCGACUUCAAGGCUCUUGUCCCCCUGCACCAGCUCCUGCUGCAUGCAUGCGUAGCGGCUGUAGCCAUGGUCGCCCAAGUUGCCAGCGGGGCACCGGCCUUUCGGGCCUUGGGUGAAAUCUGCUGGCGCCCGGCACGCGCCCCACACAGAGACACUUUUGGGGCUCCGGCCGGAGACCUGCAUGCGCCGAACCCGGAGGGGAAGGUUGAUGAGACUCGGCCUCGCAAUGCGACGGGAGGCGUAAGGAGCGGGGGCGAAGCAGAGACUCUUGAGGAAGAAAGAGAAGCGAAAGAGCCUGGAGCUCUUGUGUGGGGCGAGAAGGAAAAUGCUGUUGAGAGUGAGGAUUCACAACCUUUCUCCUCGAGUGGCUGUUCCUCGGCCAGCGAAACAGACUCCUCAGAUUUCUCGCAGGACGAAGACGAUGAAGCUCUGAGCGACAUAUUCUUUCGACCCGCACAAGACCCUGCACUCGCUGUCUUUCUCUCUCGCAGAGCGUCCACCCCGCGGCCCUGGCCUUCCGGCUGUCACCCAAGUGUCUCUUCUGUCUCCUCAGCGCCCCGCUCCGCAUCUGACCCCCGCAGUCAAGGGUCCACGUGUGGCUCCAACCGCGCCGACGCAGGAGACGCGGAAGGAGAAAAGAAAGGAAACAGUGAAAGGGGGAUGCUUGGAGGGUCAUUUUAUCAACUUCCUGCCUUCCUCGAACUCCAGUCUGGUCUGGCGACUGAAGGCAGAGUUUCCAGAAAUUUGGGGGCUCCAAGGAGGCCAGAACAGAGGAGACCCAGAGGCGCGUUGAAGCCUCGGAGUUCCCUUGCCCUGCUGGCUGUCGAGGCGACAGAACGGGGACAGCCGUGGGGUCUCAUGGGAGCUUGUCGGCGUAGAGAGAAGGCUGAAGAAGAAUCGUGUUUAGGGCGGUGUUUGUGUCGACCGUCUCGCUGGUGGCGAGAGCUCCUGAGGCCCGCGGAGAACCGGAGAGUGUCUGCUUUUCCUUCUCAGAGAAAGGCCUCGAUUUGCCCGCCGUCUUUCUGGUCUCUUCUCGCGUCUCUCAUCGGCAGAGAAACAGCUCAGGAGGCAGAACUCGAGGCCUCAAGGGCGGCGAAAGAAAUAGAGUCAACGGAGGAGAGACAGGAGACAGAAGAGAGGAAAGGCGAGCAAAGUGUCGGGAUGAAGAAGGAAGGUGGGGAGGCAGGAGUUGCAGGUGGAGGCGAAAGAUCUUCCGUCGCAUCUGCGGAGAGAGCAAAUGAACGGGCAAGCACCGUGUGGUACGUCGUCGGGUGCGUUCGGCAGGCGCUGGAGUCAGGUCGCCGGGAGGCUUUUGAAGAUUUGGAAAGCGGUUCUGAGCAACCAUCUGGGACUGCCUGUGCUGUCCAGAGAGCGGCUUUGCAGCAGGACGCGAGAGACGAAACCCGACAAGACAAGCCCCUCUCUUACAUCGCCCAACUGCUCCUCGAGCGUGUCUCAAAAGUGUCUCCUGUCUCCGAGGAGACACUUUGCGGGGCGUCGAGUCGCGGGGCGAAGGACCCCUCCGCUGGGGUUGACUGUCUUCAGUUCUCUUGGCUUCGCGGCCGCGGCCUUUCUUCAGAAGGCGACGCACAUGAGCUCUCUCAGAGACUCUGUCUCCUUCUUUCGGCUGUCCGCCGCGACCUCUGGAGGACCCGAGAAGGCCCCGUGAGCGACUGUCUCUUCUGCGGGCGCUUGUUAGGCUCCAAAGGUGCGGUGGCACUGCAGGGACGGAGGGGCUCCAGAGAAGGUAACGCAGGGGAAGCAGAGCAACGGCGAUUUCUGGAGAAUCUGGAAAGUGAAGAGACCGAAGGAAAGGAAGUGAAAAGUAGAGAGACUCAGGAACGAAGUAAAGCGCAAUGCAGAGGCAUUUUGGGGAGAACAGGAGAUUGCGAGGACGCGCUUGAAUCCUCUUGUUGGGGAGCGUCGCCGAAGCAAGAAACGAUGUACAAGGAUUCCCUUUUUGUAUGGGGUUCGCUUUUGGCGGAGAUGCAGAGGCGUCAAGAGGAGACGCGAGGACGGGGGCAUCUCGAGAGAGAAGGGCAGAAAGGAGAAGUACAAGAAGACACGGUCGAGACAAAGGACUCGCCGGACCCUUGCCCCUUCGUGGGUUUCCUUCUUCUGUGUCUCCUUGCCCAGAGUGCGGAGGCGGCUGCAAAGGCCGCCACUGUGGACUCAGGGUGUCUGCAGCUUUGCCGCGUGAAAACUCAGAAGAACGAAGUGGAAGAAGAGCCAAUCAACUGCGCAGGGGGAAGCGAGGCAGGUGGAGGGGAGACACCCCGCGAAAGCGAGGAGGACGGAAGAGGCAGAGAACAGGUGUACGAAGCUGCAAGCCUCUUGCGGGCGUGUCUCCACCUCUACGGGGUGUACAUACACCGGAGAAUGCGAGACCUGGAUGUCUCUAACCCGAGAGAAGUGGUGACGCGAGAUCUCGAGUUGGGGCUUCCGUUCCUUUUCUUCGCACAGAGUCAGCGAAGCCGAAGAGCGAGACACCAGCCAUCUCAGGGGCCUUCUCUUCUCAUGCGUGAGGCUGAAGCGUCGGUACAGGCCGAAGACAAUGGCGUCUUGCCGACUCCAUUCGCUCUCCUCUGUCAGUGCUAUCACCUGCCGGCGCAUAUUCUGCCUCUCUUCAUCGGCCAAGUGCCCCUUCUCUCUGCCGUCUUCGUCUCUUCCUCGGUGGGUGAGCUGGAGACCCUUGGAGUCCGCUGCGGCCUCCUGAGAAGCGUCUCCGAGGACCGCGGCGAGGCGCCGGGAGUGGCGACAUCACCUGGGAAGCGGUCUCUGCUUCCGCGGCUCUCUUCGCGGCCUUUCUGCUGCGGACUCUGUGCAUGCAUGCGCGCUGGGGAGAGAGACGCGCGGAGAGAAGAGAGGAGACUACUGCGAGGAGAAGAGCCAACUCUUCCAGCGCGCACCUACCCUAUCUUCACACUUCCGGAGUGGCACGACCAUUUUCUGGAGAGACGAAAAAGGCGCAGGGGAGAAGAGAAUCGAGAACCGGGCGUUGGCUUCCAUUCGUGCAAGUCUCCGGAAGUCGUCAAACUCGUCCAACGCGUCCUCCUGCCCCGAACGCUCUUCCCUCCUUCUGUUCUCCAGUGGCGGAGCUGUCUCCUCGCGUGGAGACUCUUUGGCCGGGAAAUGGAAAUCUACCAUCUCCUCGACGCCCCUACGCCUUCCUUUCUCUCUCGACCUGUGUUCCGUCUCUCGUCUUCUGCACUCGCUGCUUCUGAGAGUGUCGGCAGCGAGUCGUCGACGGGUCUCUCUAACGGCUCUUCUCUGCCGGGUUCAGGUUUGCUGGGGUCACCUGUCUCGCCGGAAGGCGACUCGAGUCCCGGGGAGAAGCUGUGGGAUUUGCGCGAGGGACGGAACGCCCUCUCAGGAGCGCUGCCUCUCUGGCUGUGUGUCGAAGCCGACGGAGAGGGUCAGGGAGACGGUGGAGAGAGGCUCGUGCUUCCCAAAACGAAGAGCGGCGAGUUUUUCUUCACGCCAGAAAACUGGCCGAAAGAGGAGGUCCGUGGAAGGGUGUCAUCUUCCUUCUCUCCCUUGUUCUCGUCGGACCCGCGUCAGGGUUCCGUUUCGUCGCUUCGCGCCUCCCUCGUCCUCCUUCCCCCCUUCGCAAUCCCGGCGUCUGUCGCCCUCUGCUCACCACCAUCUCCUCUUCUUCUCGAUCUCCUCGAUGCUCUCCUUUCUCUCCUUUCCCUGUCCUUCUCUGCUUCCUCUCACUCGGCCCCUGUCGCGUCGCUGCACCCGCAGGGCGCUCCGGUUCUCCUGGGGUGUCUGAUGGCGUUGUUGCCUCUCGUCUCGUCUCUCCGCCCGAGUUUCCCCGUUCUCAGACAGACCGUUUGGACACUUGCCUCUGCUCCGGAUCCACGCGCAGCUGGGGAGUCUUCGCAGUUGCGAGAAGAGAGAAGCGAGGACUCAGUUGCCCUCCUCGUCACCUGGCUGCUGAGCUGGCUCGCAGCCGACCCCGCGCGCCUGAGGUGCAUGGUUGCUCUCCUCAAGGUCCAGGCUCUCCCGCGACUUCCCCCGCAACGGGAGAGCACCCUCUCGAACGGCGCGAGAGGAGACAGGCGGUCUGGUGGCGGCGAGACGCGCGCGCGGAGAGGCGUGGAGGACUCGGCGAAGCACCGGCGAAGCGCCGAGAAUCGCGAGAGAGAAAGAAGAGAUGAACGGCAGAGAAACGAAGACGAAGAAAGAGAAGAAGCACGACUGAAAGAGGUGUGGAACGCUGAAGACCAAGGUCAUAGUGUCUGGCAGCGGGCAACAGUGCAGAUCGCUGCUUUUGCGACUCGUCACGCAGGGCCUUCUUCGAGAGACCCCUCCGUCCUCAUCGUGCGCUUGAAUUUGCUUCGACUUUUCUCCUUUCCAGAAAGAAAAAGCGAGAAGGUCGCUGCAAAUGUGAAAGUCUCUGAAGACAGUCUGCACGGGGGAAAAGGAGAUGCAUGCGCAGAAAUUCCCAUGGCUGACAUUCAACGUUUUUGCGAAUUUCUCGUUUCUCCCGGGCCCUCCAUGCCUUCUUCUGCGUCUCCCGAACAGUGA